AUAUCGCCCAUCUCCAGCUACGUGUGCUUUACAAUACUACAGUAUUUUUUCUGAAAUGUUUACGAGUCCCAGAUAUUUCCCUUGAUUUUUUCGAGAGGUUGAGGUCUUCGACGGCUACGACCAAAGAUAUUUGAUAUUUCGAAGCCUUUGUAAGAGGUGGAAUCGUCCCAUUGCCGCGAUUAGGUCAGCAGACAGCGUUUGGACACAAAUUUGCCAAGCAUGCGUGGCCGGUAUUUACAGGUCAUCCUUGGAGCAAUCCUGGUAGUGGGCAGUCUUAAAACGGCUGUGGCAACGGAGACAGACAAUAAAACUGGAGAAUUCGUUGCUACCAAAGAAUGGCAGGUGAUUAAGGAAGGUCAGGCCAUCCCCAAAGGCUUGCAUGUACGAAUCAACAUGCAGACUGGGCUCAAAGAGGCAAAGCUUCUGGACGAGGAUGAACGUGGUACGGCUUUACAAAGCCAACCGGAGGACCACAACCAUGAAAACGAACCUCUUUCAUUGGACUACAAGCCGGACUUAAUCGAGGAGUCCCUGCGAAUAGUCAAAGAGAACAAGAAGAGCUAUGCAGAGCUGAGGAAGGCCUACAAAGAGUUCCAAAAGAACUUUCGUACAGACGGAGAGCUGAUUGUCCAACUGAUCGAUCAGUACCGGAACUUCAGCAAGACGCCUCAAGAGUCGGAAGUGCGCUCCAAACUGGAGUCCCUGGAGAACCUCGAGUAUCUUCUACAUCAGAUAGACAAUGCGCUGCUGUUCAUCGACAACUCGGGCUUAGAUGACGUGUUACUUCCCAUUGUAGUCAAUGAUACUAACACCGCGUUGAGAGUGUCAGCCCUGCGGGUUCUCGGAUCUCUUGCGAGCAAUAACCCCAAGGCGCAGAUUAAGGUGUUUGAGAAGAACUUUGGCUCGCACAUAGCGCAGAUUCUUAUUAGCUCAGGAAACUCUGGAGAGAUCUCCGCAGCUCUUCACGCGUUUGGUGCGUUGCUCAGGAAGUUCCCCCUGGCCCAGCAACGUGUACUCUCCACCUCUGGGACACAAGCUAUGAUUAGGGUGCUCCAGAGCCCCGAGGUGGAGCUGCGUAGCAAAUCCAAAGUGGUCACCCUCAUCAGUGACCUUAUUCUAGAGAAGCGUUCGGUGCUGGAGACGAGCAAAGAUGCGCCGGAUGCUGCUUCAACAAUUGCACAAUAUGUACUCUUGGAGUUCGAGCCAUGGCUGCAGUCACAGGGCUUCUGCUCUGCGGUGGACAGUGUCCUCUCCAAGGACUUUUUGCACCUCCUGGAGCUCCCGGAGGUAGUUGAGCAGUUCGCUACAGCCCUGGAAACCACAGAGUCCCUAUGUGCCGCCUCCUGGUCUCAAAAUUCUGGACUCCGGCAUGCCCUCCUGACGAUUCGAAAUAGGUAUGCCAACAGUCAGGAUGAGUACCGGUUAGAGGUCUCACAAGUCCUGGUCAAACUGUGUGAGCGAUUAUUUAGCAAGCCCAAACAUACUGAACUGUAAGGUUUUAAGUAUAACCUCCCCUACUUUUAAGUUACUUGAAUUUAAUUCAUAGCCAAACCCAUAGUCCCAAGAUGUUCAGGUUAAGAUUAGUGAAUAUGCGAUGAUGCCAAGUACUUGUGAUGUAAAAAGAAUGCUCCUUUCGGAAAAAAUAUAUUAUGUGAUUAAGUUUAGUAUUUAGUGUUUUUUCUUUGAUCAGAUCUUGAUUUACUAAUCAGAGUCAAAAGAGGCUAAUUGACUAAUUUCUUAAUGGCAUAAGCUACAUAGUGAUUUAAAAAUGAUUGAAAUGUUUCAAUAAACCAUUGCCACUGAUUUCAUCAGAAAUCUUA